AUGCGCUCUCUCGUCCCGUUAGAGGCGAUAUGGCACCCUAUAGAUCGUUCGAGUCUUACUCCGACCAAAUCGCGAGUGACUGCACACGCCAUCGAUCCCGAUGCACCGCCCGGCAAAGGCUAUUAUGUUUGUCUUGAGGCGGCGUACGCAAACGGCGGUGUCGAAGUGCUGAUCGUUAAUGACGACACUGACCAAGUGGUCGCUCGCUUUGCAUCUGAUAUCGCACCACCGAGCAACUUAGUAGGAUGGCAUGACGCAGAAGAAAGUGACCUCAGACCCGCUCAUGUCGUCCUCCUGAGCUUUCGAGCAGAAUUAGGAGGCGCAAUCGUUGCCCUUGCUGGCGGAGACCUCAUCAAUGUACCCUUUGAUGGCUCAGACGUCGACAUCGUUGGGUCUGUAGAAUCUGGUCUGUCUGCUGCUGCAUGGAGUCCAGACGAAGAGCUCCUUGCUGUCGUCACUGGUGAACAGAAGCUUGUGGUAUUCACAAGAGAUUACGACGUCUUAGCCGAUCAAGAGCUUGUGACGCAGGAUUUCGGCGAGGCCAUGCCUGUCGAUGUCGGCUGGGGCUCAAAGCAAACGCAAUUUCACGGCAGCGUUGGCAAGACUGCUGCCAAAGAAGUCGCUCAUUCACAGAUCUCAGCUGUAGACUGGCUCAGUCCCAACGAUGACAAGCUUCCUAGAAUAUCGUGGCGCGGCGACGGCGCUUUCUUUGCUGUAUCAUCACUUGAGUCCUUUGCCGCUGCAGACGCGACGACAGGCCAGCGAAGACGCAUCCGGAUAUAUUCGCGCACCGGCGCCCUCCAGAGCACAACUGAGCCGACACCUCGCUUGGAGCACAGUCUGGCAUGGCAGCCGUCUGGUAGUAUCAUCGCCUCGACUCAGUACGAUCGCGAGAAUGGCGAAGACGAUGUCAUAUUCUUCGAACGCAACGGGCUGCGCCGAUAUGACUUUGCGCUGCGGCAUCAGAAGGCUCAGCAAGCAUAUGUGCAUAACAUGUUCUGGAACUGCGACUCGACGCUCCUGGCUGUAUGGCUUCGGAGCUUAUCAGGCGAUUGCGUUCAGCUGUGGUAUCGCAACAACUACUAUUGGUAUCUUAAAUCAGAAGUAGCAGCACCGCAGCAUGAGCGACUCGCGAACGUGGCGUGGCAUGCUGAAUCAGCCAAUGAGCUGGUCAUGCUGACUCAGGAUGCAUCGCAUCGGCGCACGUUCACAUGGGAGGUGUUACGCGGACGAGCGACGCCAAGCAUAGACCCUGGCUCUGUAGCCGUCAUCGAUGGAUCGCGCCUGCUUCUGACACCCUUUCGAUAUAUGCAAGUCCCACCACCCAUGUCCGCUUUCCAGCUUGGUGCAUCCGCUCCAAUAUCGCAUGCGGUAAUAUCACACGAGCACAGCCUGAUAGCGUUGUUGACCAGCGAGCGUACAUGCGAAUUGUGGCAGUGGCAAAGUCGGAAUUCGACUUCGAUGGCCACGCCUGUACAGCUGCUGUCACAGAAGCUCGAGACGAUCCCCGAUGACAGUGUGCCUCUGCAGCUUGCCUUGUCGAGCGAUGGGCCUGCCGAUGUACAUAUUACAGUUCUGCUCGCUCGACCUCGCUCAAUAACGAGUCUCGUUACCAUUUCAUAUGAUCUCCAGCGGAAUGUUUGCGCGCCUGCUCGCUUGUCAGAGUCGCAAUCUCGUCUGAUCAAGAUUGCGUCUGCCAAUGACUCAGUGCUACAGCACUAUGCAAAUGGGCAGGCACUUAUUGGCACGCUGGACAUACGCCUGCCCGAGUCCUGUCAUGAACUCGACGUCUUCGAACACUGCGUCAUUGGCUUGUCUUCCCGCAGCGUACUGUAUGCGAACGGGCGAAAAGUCGCUACAAACGUCUCGUCAUUCACUCGCUGUGGCGCUUACCUCAUCUAUACGACGCGUACGCAUGAGGCUCAUUUCGUGCUCUUGCAAUCGUUGCACGACCCAAGUCAGGAAGCAGGCUACUCUGAGACGCUGCCAGAGGCAAAAGUUAUGCGGCAAGAAGACUCAACCGCCGCACUGAAGCUGAAAGUCGAGCGAGGCUCGCACAUAGUUUGUGCAGUCGCAGCGACGAUGACGCUUGUGUUGCAGAUGCCCCGAGGCAAUAUCGAAUCGGUGUGUCCUCGUCCUCUGGUUCUCCAGAGCGUCCGUUACGAUCUCUCGACAGGCAGCCUGCGGAAUGCUUUCAUGUCCUGCCGAAAGCAUCGCAUCGACCUCAACAUUCUGAUCGAUAUGGAUGCUGCGCGCUUUAUGACCGCACUAGAGGAUUGGGUCGCUGUGCUGCCUGAUCCUGACCACCUGAACUUGCUGCUGUCUAGUCUAGUGGAAGAUAACGUCGUCACGAGCAAAUACGCACACUUUGCAGCUGCACACAACAUAUCGCCGCUGGAGGACAAAGUCAAUGUGAUCUGCGAAGGCCUACGUCAGUCGCUAAUCACGGGCAAAGGCGCGAAUGAAGCUUAUGGUCAGUAUCUGACGACCAUCCUGACAUCCUUUGUAUGUCAGCGACCACCUAGAUACGAGGAGGCUCUGCUGCUGCUCAAAUCAUUACAGGCAACCCGCACUGAGGCAGAGAUUGAAGCCGCCAUCAAGUAUAUGAUCUUUCUCAGCGAUGCCAACAAGCUGUAUGACAUCGCACUCGGCACAUACGAUCUCGAGCUCACACUGCUGAUCGCUCAGCAAUCGCAGAAAGAUCCACGAGAAUAUCUGCCCUUCUUGCGGGAGUUGCGCAAAGCAGCGCCUGCCAUGCGCGCCCAUAAAAUUGAAGACACGCUUCAACACUAUAGCGACGCUCUGCAGCAUCUCACAGAAUGCACCUUACCUUACGACGAGGUCGAGACGUACAUCAGACGACACGAGCUAUACGACGAAGCCGUCAAAUAUUAUGCGAACGAUGCCAAUACACUGCCGCGAGUCUUACAAACACGGGCAGUUUGGCAGCUCGCCAAUGGGGCUUGGCUCGGGGCGGCGAUGUCCUUCAGAUUAGCAGGGGAUAUGCAGAGCGCGAUGCACGCCUAUCAAGAUGCGCUGGCAUGGCGGGAGCUCUUCACGCUGGCGCUAGAGCUCAGAAAGGGCGAAAAGGAGAUCAGGGAGCUCGCUCAGCAUAUGUCGGAAUCUCUGAAAGCUCGGAAUAGGCACGCAGAAGCAGCCCGCGUCUUGCUCGAAUACAGUCGCGAUCCAGUAGCGGCGGUCAAGUGUAGCUGCGAGGGACGUGAUUAUAUCGAAGCCAUACGGAUCGCAUAUCUCUACGGACGUUCGAGCUUACUGUCAAGUCAUGUCUUCGAGUCAAUGGAAGAGACGGCGCGCCGCGUCGACGAGGAGAUCCAGGAGCUGCAAGCACAGAUCAAGAAGCAACUUGGCCGGCUGGCUGAACUCGAGAUCAUCAAGGCAGAGAACCCGUCAAAGUACUACGGAGCUUUCGAAGUUGAGGACGGAGCGCUCGAGGGCGUCGACAUUGCGUCCGAAGCAGGCUCGACGAUCGCAUCGCAGUUCACACGGUACACUGCCGUUGCAUCGAGUCAGGUCUCGACAGCUUCGGGCAAGACAGGCAGAAGCAAGCGCAAGGAUGCGAAAAAGAAAGCGGCUGGUCAGCGUGGCGGCAUUUUUGAGCACCACUAUCUCGUGGGCAGCAUCUCGCGCUCGACGAACGAGCGCCUGCCAGCUUUACGAGACGAAGCAACGAUGCUGAUCCCUCUGCUGUACACUUACGCCAGCGCUGAGCCUAGGCGACGAAUGCGAGAGCUGGGCAGCGAUUUGCAAGUCAGUCUGACCUCACUCGAGGAAGAGAUCCGGACGGCGAUAGUGACGGUUUGGGGGCCGCCAGAACGAGAAAGGGAAGAUACGACGGUCAAGGAUGUGCCUCGACCGAGCGAGCCUGCCAAUUCGCGCAGCUGGUCUGCUGCCUUGGUGGCCUUCAAGUGA